UGAGCACAGCUGAGCACGUGAGAGCAACUAGGAAUAAUCUCAAGGAGCAGAGGUAUUAGCUUCCAUUUAACAGUCGCCAAAUUGGGAUAUCUUAGUAACACUCUAAGAAACUCCAAGUUAAACGAUGCUAUUGUUCUCGAAGGAGGGGAACGAAAAACCUCUUAAUUUUUAAAAGCCAGUGAUUCUGAGCAGAGGGGAAAGACAGUUCCCAAAGUUGCGUGGCAGUUUUGGCGAUGAAGGUGGUCACGUGUUUCAGAUCCGGAACAAGGAUCCAAGCCCUACUCAGCAAGCCACGCGGCCCAGCGGGACAGCACGCGCACCUGAACGAGUGCCCAAAAGCAGGAGCUACGCAAAGAUCGCUGAGCAAACGAAAGUGCUGAGUCACGGAAAGCGGAGUCUCUUCCUCGGAACACUUUCCGUGGCAGAUGUCUCUCAACCAUCACAGAGCCCAGUCAGCAUCACCUGGGACGACUGGCUCCUCAGACAAUCUCAGCUCGCAAUCCUGGGGCGGAUUUCUGCGGAACAGUGAGUCUAUCAUAAGUGCCUAAAGAGCGUUCCGCGUCCACCAGUGAGCACAGCUGCAGGAGAGACGGCCCCUGGACUAUUCGGGCUCUACCUCAGGAGUGCCCCUCCCGGGUCAAGCAAAGAGAGUGGCUGAUUUGGGCAGGAAGGAGCCUUUUCCAGGUGUCUGCCUUAAUCCGCCUCCAGAGCCGGAUCUUUCUCUGGUGGGGUCCUCAGCAAAGGCCGCUGCCAUGCCGGUGACGGUGACCCGUACCACCAUCACGACAACCACGUCGUCGUCCUCGGGCCUGGGCUCCUCGACCAUCGUGGGGUCCCCUCGGGCACUGACCCAGCCCCUGGGCCUCCUCCGCCUGCUGCAGCUGAUCUCCACCUGCGUGGCCUUCUCACUGGUGGCCAGCGUGGGCGCGUGGACCGGAGCCAUGGGUAACUGGUCCAUGUUCACGUGGUGCUUCUGCUUCGCCGUGACCCUCAUCAUCCUCAUCGUCGAGUUAGCGGGGCUCCAGGCCCGCUUCCCCCUGUCCUGGCGCAACUUCCCCAUCACCUACGCCUGCUACGCCGCCCUCUUCUGCCUCUCGGCCUCCAUCAUCUACCCCACCACCUACGUCCAGUUCUUGUCCCACGGCCGCUCCCGGGACCAUGCCAUCGCCGCAACCGCCUUCUCCUGCAUCGCCUGUGUGGCUUAUGCCACCGAAGUGGCCUGGACCCGGGCCCGGCCCGGCGAGAUCACCGGCUACAUGGCCACCGUGCCAGGCCUGCUCAAGGUGCUGGAGACCUUCGUGGCCUGUGUCAUCUUCGCCUUCAUCAGCAACCCCAACCUGUACCAGCACCAGCCAGCCCUGGAGUGGUGCGUGGCCGUGUACUCCAUCUGCUUCAUCCUGGCGGCUGUGGCCAUCCUGCUGAACCUGGGCGACUGCACGAACGUGCUGCCCAUCGCCUUCCCCACUUUCCUGUCCGGGCUGGCCCUGAUCUCCGUCCUCUUCUAUGCCACGGCUCUGGUCCUCUGGCCGCUCUACCAGUUCGACCAGAAGUAUGGCGGCCAUCCCCGGCGGUCCAUGGAUCCAGGCUGCGGCGACCGGCACACCUAUUACGUGUGCCCCUGGGACCGACGUCUGGCUGUGGCCAUCCUGACAGCCAUCAACCUGCUGGCUUACGUGGCCGACCUGGUGCACUCGGCCCGCCUGGUCUUUGUCAGGGUCUGAGGCUCCGCCCAGGGGCUCCCCAUCCUCUCCCCUCUUCUCAGCUGAGAGUCUCUCCCGAGUUCCGAGGUCCUCUGAUGUCCUCUCUCUGGCUCCCCUCUCUCCUUCCUGACUCCUCCUGCUCUCUGAUCUGUUUCCUUCACCCCUCCACCCGCUCUGCCUCCCUUCCUGUUUUGUUUGGUUGCCACAUCCUGUUUGGACGCCUCUUCUUUUUUUUCAUGUUCUGCGUGGGGGCUCGUUUCAGGUCCUGAUCAUCCUAUUGGUUUUCUCUGCCUUCUUCCUGACCCGCCUCUUCCCCGUUUCCCUCUGAUCCAUCCCGAGCCCUGAGACAUCUCCCUUCGCUGCCCCACUGCCCCCCUCCCACGUCCAAAGGUGCUGAGCCCCAGAAGGUGCUGAGCCCCACGUCACACACCCUUUUGCAGCUCUUCAUCCCCUGGGCCUCCAGAGGGGCCUCAUUGCCAAAGCAUGCCUGCCCGUCCUGGCUGUGCCUUAGUUGGUGUGUAUGUGUUUGUGCUUGUGUUUGGGGGGCGGGGGUGGGUAGCUAGGGAUCGGGCCCCCUUUCUCUCAGGAGGGAGGGGUAUACAAUGCACCUUGCCUCCUUAAGUUCAAAAAUAAAAUGCUGGAGGUCAGGAAUUCCCAGUGGGCUGGAGGCUUCAAGCAUAGAUCCUGGCGCCCUAGGCCCCACCUGGUGCUCAGCCUCGCCUGGGAUUGGAUCCAGAAUUUUUGCCGAGCUUCCAAAAGCCCACUGCCUACAGGCCAUCUUAAAGGAAGCAAGGACUGGAGGCCUUCCAUCCCGGCUACUCCCUGAGGUGCCAAAAAAGGAGCUGGCAAAAAGUGCAGGGUCUUGGAGUGAAAUAGGUGUGAGGGGCAGUGAUGCCGCCCUCCAGCCUCAGUGUUAAAAAUAGUAUCUCCUGCCUUUUGCCGGAGAAGAAAAAAAAUGGCCACUGCCAGCCUUAAAGCUGAUAUUAAGCUGAUAUUCUUUUUUUUUUUUUUUUUCAAAACAUUUAUUUCGGGGGGUGGGGAAUGGUUGCUGUGCCAAUGUGAAAAGAAUUGCCUUGCUUGAGUGUGUGGUGCACACACGUGUUUCUGCGUGCUAGUUUGCUUUCUGCUGCUGCUUCCUGCUUCUCUGGGACUCACACGCCUAACAUGAUCUAUAUAAAUGUAUAAAUAUAUAUUUUAUUUUUUUUUAAUUCCCCGGAGCUUCUGGUUCCCAUCAGGCCUUGCUGUCAAUCAGAGAGAGAAGCCUUGUCCCUUCUCCCACAUCCAUCAUGUUCAUUUUUUAAAAAAACUCAAUAUAAAGAUAAAAGAAAGA